GGUUUAGCCAAUCGCAGCGCUUGAGGCAGGAUUUUCCCGAAUACGGGUAGGAGAGAUAAAAUGAUUGUGCUGCGGCUGAGCGGAGGGAAAUGUCGGUGAGUGAAGGAGGUUCAGGUGCCGCUGCGUGUCCGUGUAGGUGUUUAUACGUGAGAGCUGAGAUCAGGGGUAUAAAAGCGCUCUUUGGGGACUGUAAGUGUGCGCUGUGACAUCCUGUGAGGGAUAAAGCGGGCUUACAGACAGCGGUGACCGGGAUGACAGAGAGCUCCAUUCACUGUGACACCGAACAGAAGUAAGGGACAUUUACAUAGAGACCUGAGCUCUGUGCUGGACACUCACACUGCACCUGGUGAGCGGCGGGAGAUCAGCAGAUGUCCGGCUACAUGGAGGCCCGAGCUCUUCACGCAGUGACGAUCUGAGCAUCGGGAGAGAGCGAGGAUGCUGGGGGAGGGGAGAGUAGUGGAGGAAUGGCUUUCAGAAUUCAAGACAUUACCCGAGUCUCAAUUCUCGAGCUAUGCGAGCUCUCUCUAUCGGAAGAAGAACCUGGUUCCGGCCCUCUACAGAGUCAUCCAGGACCCCAACAGCGAGCUUUUGGAACCAGUGUGCAACCAGCUGUUUGAACUGUAUCGGAACUCAGAUGCCCGUCUGCGCCGCUUCACCCUGCAGUUCCUGCCCGAGCUGGUGUGGGUUUACCUGCGAUUCACAGCCAGUAGGGAGCGCCAGAUCAACGGAUGCAUCGAGGCUCUGCUGUUGGGCAUCUACAACCUGGAGAUUGUAGACAAAGAGGGAAAUGGCAAGCUGCUGUCCUUCACCAUUCCUUCACUGUCUAAACCAUCAAUAUAUCACGAGCCGUCCAGUCUGGGUUCCAUGGCUCUGACAGAGGGAGCUCUAAGUCAGCAUGAUCUAAUCAGAGUGGUUUACAGCGGCCUACAUCCCCAGAGAGAGACCUUCACCGCACAAAACAGGUUUGAGGUGCUGUGUUUCCUCAUGCUGUGCUACAACUCUGCCGUGGUGUACAUGCCCUCCUCGUCAUACCGGGCCGUGUGCCACAUGAGCUCCAGGUUGUGUGUGUGUGGGUUUCCACGACAGCAGCAGAAGACGUGGCGUGACCCCUGUAACCGAGUGCUGCUGGACCCUGAGUUCAUGGUGCAGAUGCUCACCGCUGUUUAUCAUGCCAUUUAUAAUGGCGAGUGGGAUCUGGGCAGAGAGGCACUGGAUGAUAUCUUGUACAGAGCCCAGCUGGAACUCUAUUCCGAGCCACUACUGUUGGGGAACGCGAUGAAGAACUCCUUGCCGGACAGCGCUCCGGAUGGCUCUCAAGGGAAGAAGGUGCUGCAGGUGGAGGUGACUCCCACCGUCAGGAGGAUCUCUCGCUCCGCAAUUACUGCAGCCUCGAUCCGCAGGCUUCGCUGGAAGAGAGAAGAUUGUUUUGACUUCUCGACCGAGGCCGAGUUCAACCUCUCCAUCCGUUCCGGUCUACACGCUUCCACGGAGCCGACAGCCAAUCCCGUGCGAGGAGGGAGGGGCAUACUCACAGUCACACUUGAGGAUACUGAUGGCAUGAGCGGAGGUGAAGAAUCCUUCAACCUGAACGACCCCGAUGAAGGUUUCUCCUCGGGUGCAUCCAACAGCAGCCAGCCGAGCACAGGCAGACCGGCGGGGAGCAGAGGGGGGCGAGUCAGCACGCAAAAGAGUUCCAAGAAGAGCAGUUCGAGUCGCACACACCGGGAGAAAGACAGGGAAAUCUCGGCAGAGAAGCAUAAAGAGCCGCAACACUCGCAGAGAGCUCAGUCUCCUCCACCCGUCAUCACGCUGGACACCAUCGAACUGAUUCCCAUAAAAAAGAACCAGAGCCUGAGCCGGACCUGCAGCAUGAACGCCGGAGUGAGCGGUGAGCCGGAGGAAGCAGGAACAGACGGAGGACUCUGCUCCGGAGGUGGAGCAGGAGGAGCGCAUCGCCUUUCCAGCCUCAGUCUGAAAGAGGAACAUCUGGUGCGGCCUGACAGUGGGAAAGACCUGCUGUCUCCUGGAGCUCCUCUUACCAAGCAGUCUCGCUCGCCCAGCUUCAACAUGCAGAUCAUAUCGCAGGUGUAGCUCAUACACCUGCAUCACGGUUAUCUCGUCUGCUUCCUGUUUUUCUCCGUCCUUUUUUUUUUUUUUUAAGCAGUACCCUGAUCAGCAGGGUGGGUCUCUCUCUCUCUCUCUCUCUCUCUCUCUCUCUCUCUUUUGGUUUUCCAAUCAAUUUAUAUGCACCUGAAUCGGCAAGAACAAAACAGCAGUAAACGUUGGUUUAUUUGGACUGAGUUAGAAACAUAGAAUAAACAGAAAUAGACAGAAUAUACAAAACUGAUGGAAAAUCGUAAAUUAUUUUGUCAAAUAUUUGGACGGAAACAUAGCCCACCUUGUUCUGUUUCUCCUCCUUUCUUUCUCUCUCUCUCUCUCUCUUUCUCUCUCUCUCUCUCUCUCUCUUUCUUUCUUUCUCUUUCUUUCUUUCCCUUUCUCUUUCUCUUUCUAUUUUCCUCAGACCAAAACAAGCAUUCCACUUUGACCAGACCAAGACAGCGUGAUGUUUUGACUUCGGAUGUUUUGACUACCAUCUGAUCUACACUGGUCACGUCUCAGACGCAUCUCCACAAUGAACGCUCAGUAGCAUUUUGAACAAGAAGCUACACUUUAAACCCCAAUGUUUCAGGGGUAAAUACAGGCCAGUCCCUAAUAAAGCUAUUACCUGUGUAUCGAGUUCAGCAUUAGGUGUUUGAACCACAUUUCAGGCAGUGGAGAUGGAGGUCCAGUUAACCUGGCUCUAGCCAGUAGAGAUCAGGCUGAUUAUAAUUAUUUAUUGUUCUGGGACUUCAGAGAUUAGUCUAUAUUUUAGAAAAAAAGUAAGCAAUAAAUCUUAGGUUGUUCAUCUGACACAAAGCAAUCACUGCGGUGUCUCAGUAUGCAUUCCUGCUGAACUCCUGGGUCCUGUGCAAUUACUAUCAAGGUCUUAUUAUGAUUAUUAUUAUUAUUAUUAUUAUUAUUAUUAUUAUUAUUAAAGCUAGAACAUAAUUUUUUUUUUCUUCCAAUCUCUGUUCCGUCACAAAGACGGCUGUAUUUUUAAUUUUUAAAUGUUUUCAAUCUUUAAACAAAAUCACAUUUUGUUUUUACCGUUAUCUGAGACCUUGCCUUGAUUUUGCUUUAAAAAAAAAAAAUCAACAGAAUAUAUUACUGUAUAGUUUGACCUGUAUCAUUUAAGGUUUUUUUGUUUGUUUGUUUGUUUGUUUUUGUUUGUUAAUCAACCCGUUUAAUCGAACGACAUGUAUUUUGUUGACUUAGAUUUUGUCGUUUUAGAGUUGUCUGUCUCAAAUACCACAGGCCAAGAUGUUUAAGAAUGUUGUGGGUUUGUAUCUGAUGAUCUGAACCCAAAGCAGGAGAAUUGUACAAAUGUGUGGCCUUUCUGGGCCGAUGCAGAGUGGGCGAACAUUUCUUACCACUUUCCUCUUCAACAGAUUUGUGAAGAAGCUUAAAGAAGCAUGAUUCUGAUGUGCUGGUGUCAAACACACACGGUUAAAGCUGUAAUAUCCUGUAUUAUCUUCAGAAGUCCUUUUGUCCACCUGGGUGUGUGUGUGUGUGUGUGUCUUGUAUUUGUGUCAGGCAAUCAAACGGGGAUCCUCGAUUCAUUAGUUCUACCUCGUCUUCUUUCCAUCAGCCGAUCUAACACUGGACUGUCGUGCUGUCUGGCUGCAUGCUGAUAAAUCCCUGAAAAUGACUGAAGAUUUAUAGCCUAAUGUUUAGUCAUGGUUCUUCUAUCAUUUCAUUCAAGGAUCUUUGUGAUAUGUUUAUAUUCGUGUGAUCUCUCUUGAUGGUGCAUUAACCCAGAAACUCCAUCUAGUGGUCGAACCUGGGGACAUUUUGUUCUUGCAGGAUAAUCAUAAGCAUGUAGGUGUCAGUCCUGUGUGUGUGUGUGUGUGUGUGUGUGGGUUGGUUUGUGUUUAACCCUGUUAUCUUUCAUCCACCAUGCUCUUUACCGUACACUGAGCCGGCGAAUAGACGUGUGCAUCGGGACCGGAAACCCACAGAACCCAACGAAAAAAGUCACACUUAUUUUUUACAGUCGUUUUUUGAGGAAGGUCCAGAUAUUUUGGUAAAUAUAUCUUCAGUCUAAAAACAUUAUAUUGCGAUUGAUCAAACAUUCCGCAGGAACUGGGGUUUCUGUGAGAGUGGGCAGAAUUAAUAAAUUAACUUUCUUCAGGAGUGAAUAUGAAUGGUCGAACAUUCUGCAAGUACGCAAGGGAUUACUGUGGGAACUGGCGGGAUUAGUCAACAUGUCUGCAGGAAGAGUUAGUCGGACCUUUUGCAUGAAUCUUACAGGCGGAUUUUGUGAAGCCUUGGGGCGGGAUUAGUCACACAUUCUGUGGGGGAUUAGUCGCAGCAGAUGAGGCGAAUGCUGCAGAAUUUUACAGGAUUGGUCAAACUUUAUUCAAAAGCAGGUGGGAUUGAUUAGACUUUAUUCAGGAGCGGGUGAGAUUGAUUAGACUAUAUUCAGGAGCAGGUGAGGUUGAUUAGACUAUAUUCAGGAGCAGGUGAGAUUGAUUAGACUAUAUUCAGGAGCAGGUGGGAUUGAUUAGACUAUAUUCAGGAGCAGGUGGGAUUGAUUAGACUAUAUUCAGGAGCAGGUGGGAUUGAUUAGACUAUAUUCAGGAGCAGGUGAGAUUGAUUAAGACUAUAUUCAGGAGCAGGUGGGAUUGGUAAAGCUUUAUUCAGGAGUAGGUGGGAUCGGUGAGGCUUUAUUCGGAAGCAGGGGGAAUUGGUAAGGCUUUAUUCAGGAGUAGGCGGGAUCGGUAAGGCUUUAUUCAGGAGUAGGCGGGAUUGGUAAGGCUUUAUUCAGGAGUACGUGGGAUCGGUCAUGCUUUAUUCAGGAGUACGUGGGAUCGGUCAUGCUUUCUGCAGGCACAUUGGAAUUUGUCAGACUUUCUGUGGGUGCCGGUGGGAUUAGUCAUACUUUCUGAGGAAUAGGAUGGGAUUGCUCAGAAUUCCUUUGAGAGUGGGAUUUAAAAACACAGCCCCUCUGCACACUUCUACCAGCGAGUCGUCAUUAUCAUCUCUCGCAUCUUAUCUGAUGUGCCAACAACCUCCUGAGAAUGACUGCUUUCACAGUCCGUGUUUUAAGUGGAAGAUUAUUUUUAUUUUUUUGCCCAUUUGGUUUGAUAGCAGCCUUAGUUUGUUGUGUGUAAAUUAGAGAAGGUCUGGUGUAUUUGGAUAAACAUAUAACAGUGUCUUCUAAAUCUAUAAUGUCACCCAUGCUGAGAAUUUUAUUUUCUGUGAAGCUGUAGAGUUUACAUACCUACAGUAACUGUGGUAUGUACUGUAUGUGGUGCACUUUUUUGUGUGUCAGAGGAAAGCAGAACCUUUUGCAUCAGUCUGCUGUAAUCUUUAGAUUUGUAUGUGUGUGUUUUGGGCAGAGCUUCUGGACAAACAAUCGAGAUGAUAUCUUACUCUACAAUCCUGAUUUGAUUAACUCUACUUUUUCCAAAAUGAGCAGAAUAGUGAAAGUGUGUUGGGAUGAGAAUAGCUUUAGCGUUUUAUUAGAAACUUUCUGUAGAUCCUUUCUGUGACCUGGAGGACUGCUGGUCUGUGCAUUUGCUGUAUAGUUUGUUCUUCACCUCCCUGUACCGUACAUCAUGCUGUGUUUCACUGCUCUCACCCAUUUUUCCUCAUGAAGGCUUUCUUAUAGUUGAGUUGGAACACUAGACAAUUUUGAGACCACUUUGAGAUAAAAAUGAUACUAACUAGUGCUUGUUAUUGGGGACUUAACCCUUUAGAACACCUCCUUUGUAGCUGUUAUUUUAUGUGUCAUCAUUCAAAGUGUAAUUAGACCUUAAGGAACACUGCUGUACCUUUUUCCAUGCACACUCUAGUCAUUCUUGAAGCCGUAGUCGAAGAUAUGAAGAUAUACUGUUCGAAUGAAACAUACAAAAGAUGUAGCCUCGAUGCUUCUUCAGCUGUUUAAGUUUAGUAUUUGUGUGGAAAGCAGCUGUCAGUUUCAAUUACAGACAUUUUUUUUGUCAUUUACGUCAAAUGUAUAUGAACAUUUAUUGGGUUUUUUGUUGUUUUGUUUGUUUAUUUUCUUCUAGCUCAGUAACUACAUACAAUUGCUAUUAAUAGGAUAUUGUGUACAUUUCUUUUUUUGGUGAAGUAUCUUGUUGGUUAUUCCGUGGAUGUGUACGAUCAGUGUCCUUUCUCCUGAUUUCACUCAGACCAAAGAGAGGUGUGCUUCAUCCACCCUCUCUGUCUCAUGGUGAUUGGAUUGCAUGUGAUGAGUGCAAGCCUUCAUUUCAUACAAAACGCACUUUAUCCAAUCUUUGCUGUUGUCAGUGGAUGAAAAUUGAUGUAUAUUUGUGUGUGUGUGUGUGUGUGUGUGUGAAUGUGAAACAGACCAGAAGUGAAUGCCAUCUCCUACUACAGAAAACUCAGCUACUAUUACAGAGGAACACACACCGUUCCUCAUAAUCCAAAUACUCUGUACAGGAAAAGAUCUCCGUUUUGUGUUCUUCAGGUGUUCUUCCGUCAUCUCUAAGCCUAACAGUUGGUCAUUUCCACUGUUUGUUUGUUUUAACUUCAGAUGGAUUCUAUGCAAUUUGAGGGGUUUUAUUUUUUGGAUCAAAUCUCUGGAUAGCUGUUUGGUUUGAGCUGGAAUACAUGUGCAAGUUCCUCCUCAGGUGCUUCAGUGAGGAACUGCAUCAGAGUUGCUGCUGUUAUAAGCAAAUGAGCUCCUGGUUUAGAUCAGGUAUAGGGUAAGUGGUAAUACAUGCGUGUGUGUGUUUGGGGGGGGUCCUAUGAAUAAAAGUUACUAAGUCAGUUGGACCUUGUUGAGCUUGCAGGUUUCUUUAAUGUGAGCCAUGCAUGUGAUCUUCUGGAUCACUGAGACUGAGGCACGGUGUUCAUAUUUGUCUUAAGGAAUGAGUGGUUACGCUGUACAAAAGGAUUUCAACCGAACGAUGUAAAGUAGAGCUGUAACAAAGCAAUUUCCGAAGCGAAAUACUGUACCAUUGAUGUAAAUGAAAAGAUUAUUUUAAAUCCCUGUAAAUAAAAAUGUACAAAAAGAGAGAAAGUGAGAAUAUCAGUCUGCAAUGCAGGAAAAUAUGGAUCUGUAUAUUGGUGAAUAAAUCUUGUGCUGUAACUGA